AUGAACGAGGAACUUUCGCCUACAGAUACACCUACGCUCGCGUCGAUGAGCCAGCAGCAGCAGCAGCAACGACGACCUACCGUACACAAAUCGAGCCCGCUCGCAAUGUCAGCUACGACACCUGUGACACCAGAAACUGCAACGUACGCGAAUACAUCGCGACGUGUGAAUGAUGCACCAGCGCCGGUGAUUUCAGAACCAACACCUCCAGCUUCCCGGCCGGGCGCAGCGAGAACGGGGACACGCGCACGAGAUUUGUUGAGGCAGCAUUAUGGAAUGGGACUCGUUCCUCCGGCGUCUUCAUCCGGCCGCGCUGACGAUCCGAUGGACCUUGAUUCAAAGGUUUUUGAUGCAAAAGCGUAUUAUGAGCAACUUAUCACUACCACCAACUUGACGGGACUCUUGAAAAAGGAAAACGAACUUGCCGCCCAAAUCAGACAAUUGGAUGGGGAGAGGCAAUCUCUGGUAUACAAUCACCACCACGAACUCAUCGCAGCGAGCGAUACGAUUGGCGCAAUGAAAGUUCAAGCAGAUAGUUUGGAUGCAGAUCUGGAAAAGUUGAGAGCUGCGUUUUCUGAAAUCUCCAGGUUGGCGGCAGAAACGAGCCGGGACGAAGACCAACAGCGGUCCUGA